GGACUCUGGCAGGAGGUGGAGGCCGCCUGGCCCUGGAAACCGCUGCCUCGCCCUCGCUGCAGCCACUCCGCACUCUCCCUGGGGGUUUUCAGAUGUUGGCAGAUGGCAGAACAGAAUCUGCUGAGACGUCACUCCAAAAAAGGAAAGUUGAACUGAAAAAAAUUCAAACUCUCCAACAUCUUAGGAGAGAGCAGAAGAGGAAGGAGGGAGGCCGGCUUCAGGCUGGGGCUCCCAGGACCCUCUGCUGUUUGGGAAGAUCUCCUGGGUCCUCUGGGCUGCCGUGGAGGGGACGCCGAGGACACGUGCUGCCAGGCCAGCCAGUGGGCCAGGGCUCUGCAGAACUGUCUCUGUGAGUCGCCAAGGACACCUUGCACACCUCGCACACCUCGCACACCCCCACAGGGCAGUUUCUGGUGCUUGUGACAGGGCGGCCUGCGAGCAGAUGACCAGGACUACUGGCUUUUAAUCCUUGGUGGCCGUCGAGAAAGCCUGUAACAGGGCCCAGGAGCCCCCACACCCCAUCGACAUGUCAGGGUCCACGCAGCCCGUGGCGCAGACGUGGAGGGCCACGGAGCCCCGCUACCCACCCCACGGCAUCUCCUACCCGGUGCAGAUCGCCCGGCCACACACGGACGUCGGGCUGCUGGAGUUUCAGCACCACCCCCGCGACUACUCGCACCUGUCGCCCAGCUCCAUCGUGCAGCCCCAGCGGAGGCGGCCGUCCCUGCUGUCUGAGUUCCAGCCCGGGAAUGAACGGUCCCAGGAGCUGCACCUGCGGCCCGAGGGCCACUCGUACCUGCCCGAGCUGGGCAAAUCGGAGCUGGAGUUCAUUGAGAGCAAGCGCCCGCGCCUGGAGCUCCUGCCAGACCCCCUCCUGCGACCGUCAGCCCUGCUGGCCGCGGGCCAGCCUGGCGGCUCCGAGGACCUCAGCAAGGACCGCAGCCUGACAGGCAAGCUGGAGCCAGUGUCUCCCCCAAGUCCUCCACACACCGACCCUGAGCUGGAGCUGGUGCCUCCACGGCUCUCCAAGGAGGAGCUGAUCCAGAACAUGGACCGUGUGGACCGUGAGAUCACCAUGGUGGAGCAGCAGAUCUCCAAGCUGAAGAAGAAACAGCAACAGCUGGAGGAGGAGGCCGCCAAGCCGCCCGAGCCUGAGAAGCCCGUGUCGCCACCGCCCAUCGAGUCCAAGCACCGCAGCCUUGUGCAGAUCAUCUACGACGAGAACCGGAAGAAGGCCGAAGCCGCGCAUCGGAUCCUGGAAGGCCUGGGGCCCCAGGUGGAGCUGGUGAGCACUGCAGGGCGGGAGGGCGGGCGGCAG